CAGUCAAUCCUUGGGUGAAGACUAAGCAAGCGCAGGCCCAGUCCAGUCGCUCGCCAUCCACUCACUCGCUCGUAUACUGAUCUGGAAUUGGAAACUAUCAAGGAAACAUCUGAUCAAGCAAACAUUAGAGGAAGUGGUUCUGGGUGUAGCUCCAAAAUGGUUUCUUCGGCUGCAUAUGAUGCAGCAGUAGCAGCUAUGGUUAUGGGAUCAAGCGAAGCUCCUCGAGUCAGCUUUCAAUGGGGUGGAACCAUCUCUGCUUUAUUUUUGUUGAUCAUGAACCGAUUUGGGCGACAAUCAUCCAAGCAAAUGACCCUUCUAGCAGUGUAUCUCUUUAUAAGUUGUCCAGAUGUGCUUUUCAAUAUUCUAAGAGGACAAGUUGGUUCUUGGAUUGCCUUUCUUGUGGUUGCAGCAAACCUCUUCUUUCCUCAGACCUUUCCAGCAUCUCGUUUUAUCCUAUUUGUCAUCACUCCUGAUUGGGUCACUGAUGGACUGCGUGAUAGCCUUCCUGGUGGAAUCCUUAGUAUCAUAAUUGGAGUGUCGAUAAUCUUCACAGAGAUUAGAGGAAUUGGAGGAUUUAGGAAUUGUCAGUGUAACUUAUUUUGCUUUUGCUAUUAUCUUGGUAUAGCUAGCUUGUUCGUGUUUACAAUAUUGUAUUUAUCCCUGGAAACAUGGUAGAAGCUGGAUUUCAGCAGGUGCAUGCCCAGGAAAACUUGUGAAUUAUCCCCAUCUUGCUUGGAGCCGUAAUAGAAAAUGAAUUUACUUCAGCCUGUC